AUGUCUCACCGUCAAGCUGUUGAGAUUAUUCAAGCCGGUGGAAAUAUGAUUCGUCUUGGGGUUCGACGUCUCCUUCCUCCACUUUUACCACCUCAGACAACAUCUUCUAGCGAUGGAAAAUCUCAGCUCCCACCACCACCACCACCUAUGUCAUACGCUCCUUUUCCUCUCCCAAUCACGGCCCUGAACCCCUCUCCCGUACCAACUGGGCCUCCCAAUCUCCGUCUUCCUCAACUCUUCACUCCAUUACCUGUCCAUAAGGCACCCACCUCCAGCCAGAGACCACUUCUUUCAUCUGCUGUUUUGGGUGUCUUUCCAAUUGAGUUUAUUGCUGACUGUGAGUCCAAAAGUCUGUUUCCAAUUGAGUUUAUUGCUGACUGUGAGUCUGAAAGUAUUACCGCUAUGGUGAAUUUCGUAUCCAAGCAACAUAAUUGGCAUCGUGCUAUCCUAAUGGUCUCUAUUUCUCCUUCAAAAGCG